UAAACAUCUGGUUGUUCUGGGUUAGAGCCAGUGUAGAUUCCUAAAACCCCAUCAAUUACAGAGAGAGGGGGAUUCAGAGUAAAGAAAGCAACAGAUGAGAAUGUAACAGAGAGAAGGGAAACAUAAGAGAAGGAGUGACAGAGAAAACUGGAUUAAAACUAAAGCAACAGCAGUGAGAAGAGAGAGAGAGAGAGAGAGAGAGAGAGAGAGAUGGCACUGUUCCCAUACUGCAGGCUGCCUUCAGGAUUUUCUUUUGGAAAUCGGAAGCCACUGAUUGUCUUGGGUGUUUGUCUUCUCGCUGGAUUGAUCUACUUUCUAAAGGAGAAGAGAAUGUUUGCUGUUCCUAACGACGCCAUCCGUUUGUUCUCUGAAGUGGAGCAAAUCCGAUCAGGAUCGUACAGUAAAGAGGUUCCUGUGAUGACACCUUGGGGUGCCCCUCUGGUAUGGGGAGAUAGUGAAUCCUCUGUCUGGCGUAGAGACAAGGUUGCUCAUCUUGGUGCUCACACUGGCUUGGCGAUCAUGGCUAUCGGGAACUACAAUCACUACAUACGACGCCUCCUGUCUUCUGCCGAUCUCUACUUUCUGCUCAAUUUCUACGUCACUUACUACGUUUUGACUGACAGACCAGCAGAGCUCGAUCCUCCCUUGAACCUAUGGCUGAACAGAGAGCUGCGUGUCAUUCCUGUAGCUGAGAUGCCAGGCUGGGACAGGCUCGGUCUACGGCGCAUGGCUCUGCUUGCAACCCUCAUCAAGGAGCAGAUAAAUCUGGAGGUAGAUUAUGUCUUCUGCAUUGAUGCUGAUCAGGAAUUCACAAACCCAGUAGGCACAGAAAUCUUAGGGAAGCUGACAGCCACACUGCAUCCUCUGUUCUAUGGAAAACCUAGGUACACUUACCCAUAUGAGAGAAACUCAGACUCACUGGCUUAUGUUGCCAUGGGGGAAGGUGACUAUUACUAUAGCUCUGAGUUCUAUGGAGGCUUGUGCUCCAAGGUGUUAGCCAUGGUUCAGACAUGCUCUCUACUCAUCCUACAGGACCAGGAGAAAGGAGUUCGAGCCCAGGAAUUAGAGGAAAGUUACCUGAACCGCUAUUUGAUCAGCAAUAGACCCACUUGUGUCCUUUCACCAGAGUACAACUGGUGGGAUUCACCUGGAGUCCCUGGAGUGCCAACUCAGAGGCUGUGCUCUAUCGGCAGACAAUGCUUAUCGACAGGCAACUACAAAGGAAAUCCGAACGCUUGCUGAUCGGAGGAAAUAAGAGGACAAUUUGCACACACAAGAAGGAACAACUGACUUAUCAUAUCAGUAUGAAAAGCAUGAAUUAAAAAAAUUGAAUAAAAAAAGUUUAGAAUUGAGUAGCUACUGAAUAGCUUGAUUACUAAUAGGGUCAUUUACAGGUUGUACAAAAUGAUUUACAUAAAACAUUUUAGAACCCGAUACUGGGUACUGGAAUGCUAUAAAAAUUGAUUUUACAAUUGUCAAAUAUACAUUGCACCUUUGCUUAUAAUAAAGACAUCAUGAGAACCUUUUAAUUUAAGAUUAGGACCAACAUGAAUGCAUUGUAUGCAUUCCAGAGUUCGGGACAUUUCUUAAAUGACUGACAUUCUUGUAUGUUAGUGUUAGCACUGGAGUUUCAUUUCCAAGCUAUGUGAUUGGACGAUUUUGAGUUUGAAUCCCGGAACUGUUUGUUGAGCCCUUAAACAAAACUCAAAAGUUUAGCUCGUAUCAUCUCUUAAAAUGUAAGUUAUUCGAUAAAGUUGCGAGAGGAUAUAACUAAGCACUAAGUAGCGAUCAUUUCUAGACAUGUUUGUAAUUUGAAUGCAUGGAUUUUUUUUAAAUUAAGGAAAUACGACGCACCUUUUGUGUUUCUUGUACUUCUGUUUAAUUUCAUUCUCAAGAAGCCACUCAACACCACUUUGACGACUUCCAACAAGCCUUAAUAAUACAAAAAUAAACAUUUACUACGGUU